AUGCCCAUCACAAUCCUCGCCCCGCGUGGCACGCCGUCACAUCACAAGCCCUACGCUGCCGCAGGAGCAGGAGCAGCAGACUCGGACUCAGACUCAGAUGGCGGCGCCGAUAUCGAGGGUGACAUCUCCAUGCGCCCCGCGAAACGCUCCCGCGGCGACAACUACGAAAUCGUCACGCCGGGCGAGAUCAUCACCGACGACCCCCAGUGGAUGAGAGGCCACGGAACCUACAUCACCCAAAACACAACAGACAUCGUCUCCUCCGUCGCAGGCACCGUAACCCGCACAAACAAGCUCCUCUCCGUCCGCCCCCUCCGCGCCCGCUACACCCCCGAGAUAGGCGACCUCGUCGUCGGCCGCAUCGUCGAAGUCCAAGCCAAACGCUGGCGCGUCGACGUCGGCUCCUCCCAACUCGCCAUCCUCCAAAUCUCGGCAAUCAACCUCCCCGGCGGCAUCCUCCGCAAGCGCACCGACACCGACGAGCUCCAGAUCCGCUCCUUUUUCGCCGAGGGCGACCUCGUCGUCGCAGAGGUCCAGCAGCUCCACCAGGACGGCGCCGCCUCCCUGCACACGCGUUCCCUCAAAUACGGCAAGCUGCGCAACGGCGUCUUCGUCGCCGUUACGGGCACCGGAGGCGGCGGCGGCGUGGUGAGGGCGAAGAGGCAGCAGUGGGUCAUGGACGCGGCGCGCGGCGCGGCAAAGGUGCACGUCACGCUCGGCGUCAACGGCUUCAUCUGGAUCAGCAAGCACGUCGAGAGCGACGCGGGCGCCGAGAGCGUGGGGCUGAACCGCAUGGAGGAGAGCGUCAGCGCAAACGUCUACUCGAGCCAAAACGACAAGAUUGACGACGAGACGAUGCGCGAGGUCGCGCGGAUACGGAGCGUCAUCCUUGCGCUGGUGGAGAACGGGCUGCGCGUCGACGAGGACAUGGUCGUCAGGGGGUACAAGGUGGCCGUGGAUAUGGGCCUGGAGAGCAUCGAGGACGAUAUCUACCUCGGUGGCGAGCGGGGGAAAAGGCUUGCUGAGGCUCUGUUGAGAGAAUAG